CGCAACACGUAAAUGAGUUGUUUUCGCGAUGGCUCCCAUCAAAAUAAAACAUAUCGUUUCGUUUACAUCACAGGAUAGUAAGAAUGGUGUGAAUAAUCUGUGUGAUGGCAGUAACAGCAGCAGACCGUGGUUGUGCAGCGUCCAGGAGCGCAGUGGAGUCCUCAGGGCAGAAUUACAGAUGGAGCGAGUAUCUGCUAUAGGAUUCAUUGAUGUUGGCAACUGUGGCUCUGCAUUCAUUCAAAUUGAUGUCGGACGAUCGUCCUGGUCAUUAGACCAUCCUUAUAUCACCCUGCUGCCCACCGCAACCCUAAUGAGUCCAACAGACUCGAAAGAGGGGACUGGUCGUCAAAAUGUGCGCAUGUUUAAAAAAGCUGAUUUUCUCCCUCAGGCUGCUGAGGAGAGCUGGGACAGACUGCGAGUCACCUGCACUCAGCCUUUCAACAAACGGUCACAGUUUGGUCUGUCCUUUCUGCGCAUCCGCACCGUGGAAGAUGAAGCCGAAGAUUCCUCAGUGCAAAAUGAAGAUAUUGCUGCUGAACAACUGCACACACCAGAAAAGAUGACAUCUGUGUUGGAGUGGCUUUCCAGCCCAGCUAUCCAAAACACAUUCUUUGGACGAAUCACGGGGGAUGUCUCCUCAAAUGCCCAAGGGAAUCCAGGGAGUUUGAGUCGGGCAGAACGCAUGGUCAAAGCCGCCCACUCAAACAGACGCUCCUUGUCAACAUCCCCCAGCAGUUCUACAUCCAGCACAACACCUCAGAGAGAAGAUAACGUGAAAACCCCACCAGGUGGAUUUAGGACUUCCAGUGACCAAAAAAAGACUCCUCAGGAACAAAGGAAGACAUCUAAAGCACGGCAGAGUCUUAUAAACAGUGGCCCUUCACGGAAGAGAUCCAGACCUACAACAUUCACCCAUGAACCCAGCUCAACAAGCCCACACAGAAGUGCCCACCAGGCUCCGCAGGACUCUCCUGAAACAAGAUGUCCUCUGUGUGGAGAAUCCUUCAGUCCUGAUUAUCUGCCUUUCCAUGCCUCCACCUGCCUGGAUUCUGAUUCAGUGGACCUCAUGGGACUCAGGGAAGAAACAGAGGUCAUGAGCUCACCACACUCUUCUGUUUUUGGCUCUGGCACAGAUGAGCAUAUGGUUCCUUGUCCUCUUUGCUCCUUCCGAUUCCCCCCAGACCGUAUCCAGCAGCACGCCAGCACCUGUGGCGACACGGUAGAGCCAAGUACUGUAUGGCUGAACUGAGAGAAGAACACCGUGGUCUCGGAAACUGUUUCAGUAUAGCAGCAUGCAAAUUAAAAUCAGGUAUUCUCUUGGUUUCGCAGGCCUUGGACAAAACUCCUGUCAGUAAACAUUGUGUAUUCUACUGGCUUAUGAAAUUAGUAGAAUAUACAAGACUCCCGAAGACUGUUGUUAUUGUUUUUAGAGACAGUUUAUAACAUCGGUCAUUAUGAAAUGACUGGCAAACAUGUUUUCAGUAUAAAUAUGUUUGUCAUCUUAUCUGCUUUUCAUUUAUUCUGUGAUAUUAGGAUAUUAAAUUAAACCAUUGUUUGUAAUUAAUUACAAUAUAUUCUCAUAAAUGUCAAAUAUAUUAUUUAGAAAGUUCACAUAUGUUUAGAUUUUUUUUUUUUACUUGGUCAACAACAAAAUAAAUGCAUUAUUUUGGUUUAAAAGGUAACUAUAUGCAAUCAGAAAAUCUGCAAUUAUUACAGUAAAUACAGUAAAAACAGUAAUACUUUGAAAUAUUAUUUUGCUGUUUGAAUAUAUUUUAAAAUAUAGGUUAUUCCUGUGAUGGCAAAGCUGAAAUUUUAUCAGCAAUUUCUUGAAUCUUGUCUUGAAUCUAUCUAUCUGUCUCCAGAAAUCACUUUAAUAUGCUGAUUUGUUGCUUAAAACAAAUUUCUUAUUAUUAUCAACUGAAAAUAGUUGAGCUGCAUAAUAUUUUUGUGGAAACGGAUGCAUUUCUUCAGGAGUCUACGAUAAAUAGAAAGUCAUUUGAACUUUCUAUUUAUCGUAGACUCCUGAAGAAAUGCAUUUAUUUGAAAUAGAAAUGUUUUUUAACAUUGUAAAUGUUGUAACUGUAACUUUUGAUCAAUGUAGUGUGUCCUUUCUGAGCAAAAGUAUUAUUUUCUUAAUAAUAUUCCCUUACAGACCCCAAACUUUUAAACUGUAGUGCAUAUGUGUCAGGAAAAAAAAAACUCUAAAAUAUUUACUUUUUAAAUAAAAAAUAUUAUUUUAAUAAUUUAUGUUAUUCAUUUUUAAUUACAGCCUAAACGCUUUCAGACACUGACCCUGUGUCAUGGGGCCUGCCUUAUUGUUGAGCCCUGGUGUUUACAGA